AUGGUAGAAAAUUCCGCCUUACAUUUAAUCAAUAAAAAAAGCUCUGAACGAAGUGGUGAUAUUUCCAUCCUGCUAAUGGAACAUGAAACUGCAUCAGUCGCGUCUCUCACUCCAAUUCUUAGAAGCUUUUCAUACAAUGUGAUAAAUGUGAAUGCGGCAAGUAAGGCUGUAUCAAUAAUCGAAAAACAAAAGGACAUUGGACUUGUCAUAGCCAACAUUGAAAUGCCUCACAUAGAUUCACAUUCCUUCCACACUUCUUUGAUUCACAGGGAUGUUCCUCUGAUAUUGAUUAGUUCAGAGUCAAAGACAGAAAAAAUAUCAAAUUUUUUGACAAAAAGAGCGUGUUAUUCUCUAAAGAAGCCGGUUUCAGAGAGAGACAUCACAAACAUCUGGCAGCAUGUAUUGCCUAAGAAGAACCAAGAGUUAGAGAAAAUUCUCACAGCUACAGACCAAGAGGACAAGAUCAACAAAAAUAUAAAUGAUAUUGAAGCUUUCAGAGAGAAAAUUAGGAGGCAGACAAGUCAAUCAUCUUUGCUAGGAAGACAACCAUUCAAAGAAGUAUUCACAACUUUUGAAACGUAUCAGAAAAGAAGAAAUGAUGCAGAUGCUAAAUGGAAAACCAAACUAGUAUGUCCCAUUGAGAUUGAAGAUACGAGAGAGGAAGGAAAUCAAACAGAGAGUAAUGUUGGAAGACGCAAGAUUAUAUGGACUCGUGAGCGUCGCAUGAAAUUUUUGUCUGCCAUCUCCAUUUUGGGCGAAAAAGAUUCUCAUCCCAAAUCCAUAUUGAGGAUUAUGAAUGACCCAAAUUUGACUCACCGCCAAGUCUCUAGCCACCUUCAGAAACAUAAAGCUCAAAUUGAACGAACAAAUGACACAUUAUCGAGAGAUGAAUGGAGAUCGGUAGAUAACACAUUCAAAUACCCUUCAAAUGAGGAAAUUCCUUUCAAAGUAUGCAAUCCAGCAAACAAUUUUGUUUCAGGUAAGUCAUUGUUGUAUUCCUUUAAGAAGAAACUUCUCAUCAUCAUCUUUUGCUGA